AGUCGCCCAGCUCGGUGACCGGUGACAUCGUCGACAACGCGUCAGUACGUCGUCGCUGGUGUUACCGCUCCAUCUGGACUGCUCAAGCUCGCUAGCAUGCCGAGCGAGAGCCCUCUCAUCUCUGUGCCGCGCAAGACGACGGUGGACGUCGAUUGGACGCCACAGAUCUACCACACCAUCAGCACAGUCUACGGCGAGACACCCUCGAGCUACGCGGAUGAAUGCAAUGCACUCAACCGAUGCAGGCAGGAUGCCGUGCGGGGAAGCGCAGGCAGCGAUAUCACCGGCAGAGACCUGCUCUACAAAUACUUUGGCCAACUCGAGUUGCUCGAGCUCAGAUUCCCAGACGUUCGAGUCGGCUUUCCUUGGAAUGACGCCUUCACGCUGAAGCAGAUCUCUCAGCACUCGUUGGCGUACGAAAAGGCGUCCGUCAUUUUCACCAUUGCCGCGACACUCAGCUCUCUCGCGGCCAGCCAGAACCGCUCUUCGCCCGAAGGUAUCAAGCGCGGCUUCCACUUUUUUCGCUGCUCGGCCGGCAUGUUCACGUAUAUCAACGAGAACUUCUUGCACGCGCCUUCGACUGAUCUGAGCAAAGAGGUCAUCAAGGCCCUUGUCGAGCUGCAGCUCGCUCAGGCUACAGAGAUUUUCUUUGGAAAGAUGACAGAGGAGAAGAAAGGGGUCACACUAAAGGCCAGAGUGUGUGCACAGGCAGCACACUUGUAUCAAGGUUUGCUAGAGCAAGCAAAGGACCUCGUGGCAAAAUCCAUCUUUGAUCGCACUUGGUGGAUACUGCUGCAGGUCAAAGCCAAGCACUUUCUUGCCCAAAGUCAAUUCCAGCGCGCUCUCGCAGACGUGGCCGCUUCGAAGCACGGCGAUGCUCUGACGCGCCUACAGAUAGCUGAGACGACAGCCAAAGAAGCCCACAGACUCGCGCAGACUUUGACUGCUACCUUCUUUCCUGUCAAAACGCCCUCUCUGCCGGCAGACGCUGCUACCGCGCUCGAGGACAUUACAAAGACUCAUCUGGCUCUCUGCAAGGAGAUCAGAGCCUCUACUGCUCGCGACAACGAUCUCAUCUAUCAUGCUACUUUGACAUCAGAGGCCUCACUGCCCCCCAUCGACAAAUCUGCUGUCGCUACCCCUAUCCCGAUACAGGAGAUCUAUGCGACCCCGGAGGUCCAGAAAGUCGUAGGAGCAGACAUCUUCGCCCGACUCGUGCCGCUCAGCGUCCAUGAGAGCGCUAGUCUCUACAGCGAGGAGAAAGCUAAGGUCGUCCGCUCCGAGACAGAAACGUGCGAAUUGGCGAAUACCGAGCUCUCGGCAGCGCUCGAGCACAUGGGUUUACCUAGCUCACUCUCAAAAUAUAAGGCGGGCAAUACGGCAAAUCAACAGGCCGUUCUCGCUGAUCCUGGACCUCAAGUGCGCUCAUGGGCGAGUGACAUCAAGAGGGAUGAAGGCGAGUCUCGCAUUGUCGACAUGCUCGAGAUACUCUCUCGAUCGCGUGCCAAAGUCUCCGCCGAUCUCGAGUGGAUCCAGAGAGAGCUCGAUAACGAGACGAGGGAAUGCGAGCAAGGCAGACGAAAGUACGAUCAUCUCUGGGAGCAGUCGCCGUCUGCUAGUCACACAAGGCAAAUGCGGCAAAGCCUGAGAAAUCAUCGCGAUGCUUGCGAGCGUGCGGCACAGAGCGAUCGACAUGUUGCAGAUCUGUGGACUCGGAUAUCGCCUGAGGUCGCUAUCUUGGCCGAUCCCACUGGAGAAAGAGUCGAGCGAGUCUUUGCUGAGGCUGCUGCUGCUGCAUCUGGCACCCGCGAGUCGAACCUGCUCGACGCGGAUGUCGACGAAGACGAAGGUGACGAUACGAAGCGACAGAUUGCUGCUAUCGAGGAUGGUCUGAGCCGACUUCAAGCCAUCCGCCGUGAACGUAACGACGUACUCAAGGAUCUCAAGGAAAGGAUUCAGGCGGAUGACAUCUCCCACCUCUUGAUACUCAAUCGCAAGUCGCAGACUGUCGAGCCUGCGCUUUUUGCGGCCGAACUGGAAAAGUUCAAAGGGCACCAAUCGCGCAUUGCAGCCACACAGCACUAUCAGCAGACUGCACUGAAAGACGUCACCGAUCGAUACGAUCGUCUUACGCAGAGUAGAAGGUCGCAGGACAUUCAGGCCAAGUGGGCCUCUGUCGAUCGGGCUCGCAAAUCAGCUGUAGCUCGCUUUAAGCAGGCUUUCGAAGCGUACGGAGACGCUAGAGCGGGUCUUGGCAAAGGGUUGGCGUUUUAUCAAGACCUCACCGAAGUCGUCACGGGCUUGCGCGCUGAGGCCACUCAAUACGUCAACGCGCGAAGUCUGGAGCGUACGCAGAUGGCUUCACAAGCUGAGCUUAACAAGCGCCUGAGCUCCAGCAGCGCAUCUCAGCCGCCGCCAAUGAGCCCGCCGGUGCAAAGCCUUGAGCAGUCUCUGUCAGGCAUGAGCUUCGGGUAUGGCCCGAGCUCUGGGCAACGACAGCCAGCUCAAGUCAGUGGCUAUGGCAAUUUCUCACCGACUGCAUCAACAUCGCCAUACGGACAGCUUGGCUCGUUUAAUGCGUUUAGCGACGAUCGUCAAGGACCGUCGAUACCAACGCGGCAGGACAGCUAUGGCGGUGCCGCUCCUUCUUCAUAUUCGACAGUGCCGCCUCGUCCUACACCGCCAGCACAGUCAUCGAUGUCGCCCGGACUGCCGCCUCCGCCUUCACGGCUAGCAUACAGCUCGAAUGCGUCGGCGCCGACUCAGCCUUCAUACGUAUCUACUUACAAUACGUACGCCUCUCAGCCCACGGGGUAUGCGCCGGCUGCGGCCACAUCAGCAGCCGUGCAAAAUCAGCAGUGGCAGCAACCGCAGCAGUCACACCUCCGACAGUAUCCACAGCCUUAUGCGCAGAUGUCUCCUCCUCACCAACAGGUCUACGAUUCGCUGCAGCAGCCCAGCAACCCAUUGGCGCAGCGCAGUGCGCCACCGCCGCCAUCCUCAGCGCAAGAUCGACUUUAUCAGCUGCCACAUAAUCCAUAUACCUCACGCCAAUGAUCAGUAUGAAAGCAAGAGUGUACUAGUAACACUGUAUAGAGGCGCGACGCGCUGGAUUGGCGAGCCGGGUUUCGAUGUGCCGAGGUUGGUCUCGUCGUCGGCGUCUUGGCCCUCACUGGCUUUCAGCACCUUUCCGUCGAGUUUGUCAGCUCUUUGCCCUUCGACGCUCGCUUGAUGAACACCAAUCAGCAGAGCAGAUAGGCAGCCAGCACAGAUAGCGCCGUUCCUCAUCGUCCGGUGGAGCGACUCGGACAUGGGAACACCGAUCUUGUGCAAUACUCCUCACGUGCGCAAGCCCGGCGAACGUCGCCUACACGCCCCAUAUCGCCUUUCACUGCGUUAGUCGAUCCUGCUGCGA